UUCGAGAUACGUAAAUCAAACAUUUAGUUUCAACAGAGAACGAUUCUCCUGCGCCUCCUCGCCGUCGUGUUCUCAGCUUCGUCGUCUGUGUGAUUUAGAUCGAGUUUUGAGGGUUAACAAGUAAUAAUGUCAAGAGGCAAAUACAUAGUCGGUGCCCUUGUGGGAUCUGCCGUAGUAGCCUACGUCUGUGACAAAGUCAUCUCUGAUGAUAAGAUUUUCGGAGGUUCUACACCGGGAACUAUUACUAACAAGGCAUGGGGUGUUGCUACUGAAGAGAGGCUCCAAGCAUGGCCAAGAACUGCUGGUCCUCCCGUCGUCAUGAACCCUAUCAGUCGCCAGAACUUCAUCGUCAAGUCACGCCCUGAAUAACUGCAAUUCCCUUCCUAUCUCUCUCUCAUUUUGAUACAAGAUUUGAUUUAUUUGCUCUCUAUGUUGGGCCCUUUUAUCUUUUGAUUUGAGGAUCCGCUAUUUUCUCAGUAAUAAUUUGUGGGGAUUGAUGGAUUUGUUGAUUGAAUACACAUUAUUCAUUCCAAUCUUUUCUUUGUUGAUUUUGACGAUAAUAUUAAAUUGAGCCAACAA